AUGCCAGCCCCAGGGUUCGCGGCGCUGUUCGAGGUGGCGGCGUUGGGUGCUGCCUUGACGGUGGCUAGCGUCGUCGGUUCUCGCUUUGUCGUUCGAUGGCACCAAUGCAGCGGUACCGCGGACCUCUCCGCCGCCGUCUCCGGGCUAGCCGCGGCGCUCCUAACCCUUUUUUUGUGCCUCAACGGGCUGGCGUACUGGUUCAACGGCAUCGGCGGCUACGACUGCUUGGCGUUCUCGACGGUCAUGGGCGCGUCUCUCUCUGCGAGCAACGCGAUGGCCUUCAUUCACCUCUUCAUCCUCUCCAAUUCGAUGCAUCGGGCAAACUCCAGGUGGAAGCACUUCCGUUGGCUCGGCGUGAUCAUCACGGUGUUCCAUUGGGUUGCUCUGGUGGCGCUAGAGGGAACGAGAACGGCGGGAAAGGAGGAGCACGGGGGAUGCGCUGGGGAGUCUCGCUGCGUGACCGACGUGGACGGCUUGGCGUUGGCGGUGAAGUGGGUCGCGCAGCUGCUGAACCAGUUGUUCCAGACGGUGGCGUUUCUCGUUCCUCUGCGGAUGCCGGUGGCUGGAGCCGCCAAUGGUGUGCGGCUGUUUUCCGGCGGUCUCAAAGCUACUGGAAGCUGCAGAAAGUGUCUGAACAUCUCCGUCUGGCAAACCAUCAUCUCGGAGGGGUUGUCUCUGGUAAUGACAAUCACCGUGGCCGGGAUUGCGUUGGCCAAGGCUAAGGGGGGGCUGGGCAACACGCCGGUGUUCGCCGUGGAGGUGCUCGACAACAUCGUCAACCUAGCAGCAAUCUUCUACGCUGUCCACCGGCGCUACAGCUCGGGACCCAUCAGGAGGCUGCCGCCAGUUGUGGACAUGUCCCCUGAGAGCAGUGGUCACGGUUCCCUCUCCCGGUCUAGUUCCAAUUCGCGUGGUCAAUCCCCGCCGCCCGCCGUACCCUCGUCGAACUUGCCUCCGAAGAGUGAAGCCCCCGCUGCACCUGCUGCGCCCUCUACGAUACUGCCUCUGUCGAGUGGAACUCCCUCUGCGGCUGCUGGGCCCCUGUCCAGCCUGCUUCCGGCAAGUGGAACUCCAUUUACGGCUGCUGCUCCUUCGCCUAGCUCGCCCCCACCGUCUCGGACUCCCUCUGUGGUCGCCGGGCCAUCGCCCAGCUCGCCUCCAUUGACCGGGACUCCGUCCGUGGGGCCCGGGCCAUCGCCCAGCUCGAUUGCAUCGGCUAGAACGCCAGGCGUGGCUGAAGUAUCACCCUCUUCGUCGAGGGGAACUCCGUACACUGCGCGUGCCAGAGGUGCCGUGGAGAAAGGAUCAGGGUCUGGACGGUACGGCAGGCCAGUUGGAGCGCUCUACUUCGCGAGCCGUACAACCAAGAAUAUGCGGAGGACGCCCGGAUCCUCUUCGAGCGGAACAGCCUUGGGCAACGCGGAUGGAGCAGUGGUCAAUACCGGCAUUGCCAUCGCCCGCAGUAUGCCUCCUCGAUCGAUGUCUGCUCGUGCUGCUGGUGCCAAACAUGAUGAAUCGACUAGUGCUGUCCGGUCUGCGUCAACUGCUAGUCUCACGACUGGUGGUGGUGGAACUGCUGCUGCGGGGGGCACUGCUGCGGAUAGGAUACCAAGCAGGUGCAGCUCGAUUUCGACGAUGCCGGCCGCAGCGCCUGAGCUAGCAGGCGACGAUCGCGAACCCGGCGCCGCCGUCGCCACCUCCCGGCUAGGAAUUCCGGACGCCGUCGUGACCGCUGCCCCCUGGAAGUGGCAUCAGCAGCCGGGGCUGACAAAACUUCAGCGGCCUCUCCGGUCGACCAACAACUGGGCAAGCAGCCGCCUGAUGAAAGUAGCGCUAGCCACCGACGCUUCAAGUGGGUCCUUUUCCGCCGUUUCGUCCGAAACGACGUCGUCCAGCAGUCCGGAGAGACACGCCGAGGCGCACAAGAAGAUGGCGACCGAGACUCCCGACGGCGUCAGGAUUGCGGCCGCAGCCGCAGCCGCAGCCGCUGCGCACACGGUUGUUUGGCCCCUUCCGUUGAACGCCUCGAGUCGUGCGAGCCCCCCGUCCGGCGGUAAGCGACACGCACGGCUGUCCGCGCGGACCCUGGCUUCAUCGCCGUCAGCUGCGAAAGUCAGAGCGGAGAAAAAGGAGGCCAGACGGACGGGAUCGGGAUCCAGGCGGAAUUGGCACCACAAGAAACGAGCGAAGAAGGUCACCGAAACGGAGUCGGAAACACUUAUCACGGCAGCUUCAGCUACGGCAGCCUCUGGGGGCAGGCCCCCCUCUUCUUUUCUGUGGAGGGAGGUCGGGCUUCAAGGGACAUGUUCGCACCCCGAGGCACCCGACGCCCCCGCUUCGGCUGCUUCUGCGGCGACCACGAACGAUGUCGGGGCGCACGCGGCAGAGACUUGCAAGAGACCCCCCCUAGAAAGGCGCACUUCUUCUUCCGCGACUAAUCGGUCCAGGUACAGCGCGGCAGCGUGGUCGGCCUUCAGCGCGGCCUCGUGGUGCUCCAGCAGCUUCGACGGCAACGACAACCAGCGGGGCGCUCCCGCCGCAACGGUGAGAUCUCCGGCGUCGUUCUAUGAGGGCAACGACUCCAACGGCUAGUUUCUUGGGGUUCGUAACAGUUGGGUUCUUGGGCGUCGACGAGUAGAACUGUGUUUCUGUUCCAAACGUCUUUACGGACGGCGGCUUUUGCCUACAGGAGCCGAUUUUUGAGAAUAGGAACGAAGUGCACGUUUCAGCUACGGCCAGCAUUGUCUUUAAUAGCCGGUUCCGACCAGCAAUAUCACACACAAGCACCCUUACGUGUUACCAGGCACCAACUAAAGUUAAUUGUUAUUUAUACGGGUUGUGAGUUAGCCUUCACGGCAGUUCAUGAUUUUUUAUGC